UGAUUUUAGAGGUGAUGGGUGGGUCAGUUUUGGUAGUGAUUUGUUGUUGGAUUUGGAUGAUGGUGGUGGUCGGGUAUUUUGGUGGUGGUGGUGGCAGUGGAUUGCCAGAGUGAAGGGAGAUGAUAAUUGUUGUGGUGGCGGUACUGUGGUUUGGCGGGCGGUGUAAUUGUGGUGGGAAGGCAGGUGAUGGGGGUGAGGCUUGUGGCGAUGUGAUGGUGUGUGGAGGUGAGACCGUGGCGGGAAAAAAUGGUUGAUGAUGGUGGUGUAUCUCAAAUUACUGAAAUGUAAUUUUGCCAAUUAUCAAGGAAGGUCCAUGUAACUUGUCCAAACCUUUUUUUUGGGUCUGAUUUACAGCAACAGUAUGGCCGUGUAUGUCUUGACUAACUUGGUGACCUUCUUGACUCACUAUUGGAAGUUAAAGCUCAAGCAUGCUGUUGCAAUCAUGAACAUAAAAGGUGGAGCGGCAGGUAUCAUUGGCUUAGUGGAGGCCACUCUCAUAGAUGCUUAUUUUGGCCACGCUGGGAUGUUGCUCAUCACAAGUGUUCUUUACAGCAUUGGAUUGGGGUUGCUAGUAAUGUCUGUUCCUGGUCGAUUCUUUUCCAAGGGUGUAAAGUCGUGUCCAGCAGGGGAGAAAUUAUGCUCUUCAAAGCUAACUGCUUCACCAUUCUAUUGGGGAUUAGCUUUGAUUGUUCUUGCCAAGGCUGGUCAGGGAAUAUGUUUAAGAGCCCUCACCUUUGGUAAAAUAAAAUUCAAAAGAGGUCCACCCGAAACGAAGGUAAUCAAAUUUGGUUUCUUGAAGUUUGAAGUUCGCCGAAGAAAGAAAAUCUUGCUUUUGAAGAGUUAUUAUUUCCUUUCGUCAAGGUCUCGGAACAGUGAUAGUUAUUUUGGCCUUGGGAUGCAUCGUGCAUUAGGCGAUGGAGAUAGUUCGUUGAAGUUGGAUUAUCAACAAUAA